AUGGCCGCUCCUCCGGUGGUGGUGACAGUGGCUGAAGCUGCAGCGAAGAGGAAGCGGCACGGUGGUCUCAGCGGAGCCCAGGCACUUCACAGACGCUGCUCCGGCUCCGCGUUGGGCCUCCAACUCCUGACUCGAGGAGUUGGGUUUCCGUUGACGAAGGAUCAGAGGUUGGUGUAUUCGGGCAGACUGCUUCCCGAUCAUCUGCAGCUGAAAGACAUUCUCAGAAAACAAGAUGAGUAUCAUAUGGUUCAUCUAGUAUGUACUUCUCGGACUCCUCCCAGUUCUCCAAAAUCCAACACCGAUAGAGAAAGUCAUGAAGCAUUGGCAUCCAGCAGCAAUUCUAGUUCAGAUCAUUCAGGAUCAACAACUCCGUCAUCCAGUCAGGAAACCUUGUCUUUAGCUGCCAGUUCUUCCUCAGAAGGAUUGAGGCAGCGUACCCUUCCACAAGCACAAACCGACCCAGCACAGAGUCAUCAGUUUCCAUAUGUAAUACAAGGAAAUGUAGAUAACCAGUUUCCUGGGCAAGCCGUUCCACCUGGACUCCCAGUGUAUCCUGCUCUCAGCCCACUGCAGAUGCUGUGGUGGCAACAGAUGUAUGCUCAACAGUAUUAUAUGCAAUAUCAAGCUGCAGUUUCAGCUCAGGCCACAUCAAAUGCCAGCUCAGCUCAGCCUACCGCUUCACAGCCUCUAAAUUUGGCACAUGUUCCUGGAGAAGAACCCCCACCAGCUCCAAACCUAGUGGCCCAAGAAAAUCGACCCAUGAAUGAGAAUGUUCAAAUGAAUGCACAGGGAGGUCCAGUGCUAAACGAAGAAGACUUCAAUCGGGACUGGCUAGACUGGAUGUACACGUUCUCACGAGCUGCAAUUCUCCUUAGCAUUGUAUACUUCUAUUCUUCUUUUAGUCGGUUUAUCAUGGUAAUGGGAGCCAUGCUACUGGUUUAUUUACACCAAGCUGGAUGGUUUCCUUUUAGGCAAGAAGGAGGUCUGCACCAGGCUCCCAACAAUAAUGCUGAAGUUAACAAUGAUGGGCAAAAUGCAAACAAUCUAGAGCUGGAAGAAAUGGAGCGUCUUAUGGAUGAUGGGCUUGAAGAUGAGAGUGGAGAAGAUGCUGCUGAAGACGCCAGUGUGGUGCAGAGGCCGGGACUAGUGGCUUCAGCGUGGUCUUUUAUCACCACCUUCUUUACUUCACUGAUACCAGAGGGGCCUCCCCAGGUUGCCAAUUAGACCUGAAAAACUCUGCCUUCCAAGGAGGGUCUGACUUUAGGAAGGUGGCUAAAUAACAGUGCAAUUUCAAAAAAAUUUAUAACUUUCUUUUGAUCAUCAUGUACAGAGGUGUUUUUUUCUUUAAGCUUCUCAUGCAUAUGAAUAUUUUAAGCACAAAUGGACUACUAAAUGUGUGAUUUUUUUUUAAGGUCCUAACAACAUGGUAUAACAAUAUUGGUCUUCCAGGUUUUAUUCAUUUCAGUUAUAUGUACUAUACAAAAACAGACCUAUUUGUGCAUCUUACUUCUUUAAAGAGCUGCUUCACUUAUAAAUGGCAAUAGCUAGUAGCCCAGCACUUCAAUGUGUAAUUUUAAUAAAUAUAUCUAUUUUCUGUGAAUUACCCUGAAAGUUUUAAACAGAAUGACCUCAUAGUUUUUAAUAAAGAAUAUUAUUUACCUGAAAUGUGCUAGUAGCAUCUUGCCCAGCCAUGAAGCAAUAAACUUCUCAAUAAUCUUAAUUUUGACAUUUGAAUAAAUAAUAGAAACUUUCUAUUUUAAGGGCAUGUAUCCCAUUGAUUGGAAUUAGUACCUUAAAAAAAAAAGGCAGCUCUUCAAUGGAAUUAACAGUGAUAUAAAACGUUUGAUACAGGCAGUACUUUUAUAAAAUGAGAUAUGCUGGAAAUUGCUCCCUGUAAUUUUUUAAAUAAAGAGCCAAUUAUGAUAAA